CUCAAUCGCAUCCUUGAUGCGGCUAACUUUGCAUUAAAGAAAAACCCGAUAUUGUACCCAAUUCCGUGCUGAAAAGUACAUAAAUCAAAUAUAUUUUUUCCACGUGUGUUCAAAGUGUAACAUUUUGCCAACAUGACGAUCGGCAAGAACAAUAAAAUGAUUCAGCUCCUGAACUACAGGGUGCGAAUCGUACUGCAGGACUCGCGUACCUUCAUCGGCACGUUCAAAGCCUUCGACAAACACAUGAACCUCAUCCUCGGGGACUGCGAAGAGUUCCGCAAGAUCAAGCCGAAAAACAACAAACUGCCAGAGCGCGAAGAGAAACGUGUGCUUGGGUUCGUGUUGCUCCGUGGCGGAAAUAUCGUUUCACUCACAAUUGAAGGUCCCCCGCCGCCAGAAGAAGGGCUACCGCGCGUUCCGAUACCGGGCGGUGCCGGCGGUCCCGGUAUGGGGCGUGUAACCGGCCGUGGUAUGCCGGCGAACGUUGCGGGUGUGCCGGCUGGGCUGCAGGGACCGGUUCGAGGCGUUGGUGGACCAUCACAGCAGCACAUGGCACCGGUUGGCCGGGGGCAACAAGUGUCGGCCCCGCCACAGAUGCGCCCCAUGAUUCCCGGUGGUCCGCCACCGGGCAUGAUGCCGGGAGCCGGCAUGAACCCGAUGGCGGGCAUGGCGCGUGGUGCUCCACCACCAAUGCGAGGCCCGCCGCCGGGUAUGAUGCGUGGCGGACCGCCUCCGAGACCAUACUAAAGCAUUUCUUUCUUCAUUAUCCGUCAAUGCGUAGUUUUAUAGUUUUUCCGCCACAUUGCACUUGAAAAACACCUCUCCGAUUAGACUCUCCGAUGUCUACAUUAUGUAAAUGUACCGAAUAAAAGAGAUGAGUUCCAAAAC